AAGAACAACAAUUCGAUAAUAGACUUGACUCAACACUACCGCCAAGCACAUUUUUCUGUGCUAUAUCUACUUAAGCCUAUCCAAAAUUGGAUCGUGAAAUGUACGAGCUAAAAACCUUGUUACCACAAUUUGAUAUUAAACUGCCUAACUGUAUGUACGAAUUGAGGAAUGUCAGCAUCUCCGCUGGUGCUGCACCAUGUCCCGAAGCCCAUAAAAUUCAAUGCAAUGGCGCAGCGAAGAGUGAAAGCAACAAUUCAAAAUCGGUUACCUGUGCACUUGAUUUGGAAAUUUUAGGCAAACAAAUACAACAUUUGCUAAAGAACGAAGACACGGCAGCAGUUUUGCAGCGCCAAGAAAAGGUGUUGAAACAGCUGGAAGAGUUGAAAGCACAAUUGGCCCAAAUACGCGAAGGCUUGAAUAUCAAAGUUUGCGGCAAGAGCGUGCAGCACACGACAGCCUGUCAUAACGGUGGACUAAAGGAGGUACCACUGCAUGAUGUCGUCGUUAAUGGCCAUCCCAACUUUAUCCCAUAUGCAUUGCUGGCAUUGAAGAACGCUUGGCGGAAUUUAUACACGAUUGAUGUGAAGACAUUUACACACUCGACUCUGGCUGAUAUUGGACCAGCAGCGCGCGAAUUUGAAGCUAAUUUAGCUAAAGUAGCUGUCAAUGAGGAGUUGCCCAAAAUCAAUGUGACACUAAUCUGGAAGAACUGUGAACACACAGAGAUGAUUAGUUCUCCCACUAUGUACGUGCCCAUUUAUGGUGAAGUAAAUAUCAUUAGAUAUUUGGGUCGAGUGGGUCCCGUCGAAUAUCGCUAUGAGAACUCACCGCUCUGCAAUGAAAUCGAUGCUGUGCUUGAUAUUUGCUAUCAGCUGCUGCGGUGCACCACGCACAAAAGCCAAGUUGCCAUGGUUCGGCUGCUCGACAAGCGACUAAAUCAGCAACAAUAUUUUGGCGGCAGCGAAAUGUCUGUGGCGGACAUUGGCGUCUAUAGCUCGCUGAUACGCAUGCCUGCCAUUACGGACAAGGAUCUUACACCAGCGCUUCUUGCAUGGCGCAAGCGGGCCAAACUCAUAACUGAAAUCUAAAAUGUUGCAAAAACAGAUGAAAUAAACCGUUAGCAAAAGAAUCUCAGCCACUGUGUCGACUGAGUGUCACAAUCGAUCGAUUAU